ACGCCGCGUGCCGCCGCAGCGUGCUGCCCACCGUGGGGAGCGGCCUGAUGGAGGGCAACUGCGUGUCGCUGACCCGGAUCCUGCGCUCCGCCAGGCUCAGUUUGAUUCAGUUCUUUAGCAAAAUGAAGAAGUGGAUGGACAUGUCGAAUGUGCCACAGGAGUUCCGGGAGCGGGUGGAAAGGCUGGAGAGGAACUUCGAGGUGUCCACUGUCAUCUUCAGGAAGUUUGAACCGAUAUUUUUGGAUAUCUUUCAAAACCCUAACGAGGAAACUUCGAAACCCCAACGGAGCAGGAAGCAGAGGCGGGUGCUGUGUGGUGUUAAGGAUCUCUUCAACUUCUGCUGGACCCUGUUUGUGUACACUAAGGGUAAUUUCCGUAUGAUUGGGGACGAUUUAGUAAAUUCCUAUCAUCUACUUCUGUGCUGCUUGGACCUGGUUUUUGCAAAUGCCAUUUUGUGCCCAAAUCGAAGAGAUUUGCUAAAUCCAUCGUUUAAAGGCUUACCAGCAGACUUCCAUGCAUCAGAGAUGAAAGCCUCAGAGGACCCUCCGUGCAUCAUUGCCACGCUGUGUGAGCUGCACGAUGGGCUUCUCGUGGAAGCGAAAGGAAUAAAGGAGCACUACUUCAAGCCAUACAUUUCGAAGCUGUUCGAUAGGAAGAUCUUAAAAGGAGAAUGUCUGUUGGAUCUUUGCAAUUUUACAGAAAAUAACAAAGCGCUGAAUAAAGAGUACGAGGAGUAUGUUCUAACAGUGGGGGACUUUGAUGAGAGAGUUUUCCUAGGAGCGGAUGCUGAGGAAGAAAUUGGCACUCCUCGGAAGUUUCCUGCAGAUUUGCAAGUGGGGAAAACAGCAGCGAGAGCUCACGUGGAGUGUCACCUUCAGCAGCACUUCGAAAAGAGGUCAUUUGCACCUUCAACUCCUCUGACUGGAAGAAGAUACCUACGAGAAAAGGAAGCUGUCAUCACUCCCGUUGCUUCAGCCACGCAAAGUGUGAGUCGGCUGCAGAACAUUGUGGCUGGAUUGAAAAAUGCCCCUAGUGACCUGCUUCUAGCUGUUUUUGAGUCUUGUGCACGCAGCCCUGCAGAAAGCAUCGUGAACAGAGUGAGAGAAAUAGGGGAGACGUUCUGUCACAGCUACACGCAGCCGACAGACGAACUGCCAGGAUCUCACAUAGAUUUUGCUGUAAACAGAUUAAAACUGGCAGAGAUAUUGUACUAUAAGAUCUUGGAGACUAUAAUGGUACAAGAAAUGCGAAGACUGCAUGGGAAGGACAUGACUGCUCUCUUGGAACAAGAUGUGUUUCACCGCUCCCUCAUGGCGUGCUGCUUGGAGGUCGUGCUUUUUGCCUACAGCUCUCCUCGCACCUUUCCCUGGAUAAUCGAAGUGCUUGACCUAAGGCCAUUUUACUUUUAUAAGGUAAUUGAAGUACUGAUUCGGUCUGAAGAAGGACUUUCCAGAGACAUGGUGAAGCACCUCAACAGCAUCGAGGAGCAAAUCCUUGAGAGCCUUGCCUGGACUUGGGACUCAGCACUCUGGACUGCUCUCCAGGCUUCAGGAAACAGGGUUCCCACCUGCGAGGAGGUAAUAUUUCCCAAUAAUUUUGAAGCAAGCAAUGGAGGAAGUGGGCUUGGGCAUUUGCCUAUGAUGCCAAUAUCUCCUAUAGUUCAUCCUCGAGUAAAAGAGGUUCGGACAGACCUUGGCGGGAGUUUAAGACGGGACACUCAGCCAUUGUCACCAAUCUCUGUGCAUGAGCGCUACAGCUCCCCUACGGCAGGAAGUGCCAAGAGGAGACUCUUCGGAGACGACAGCCCCAAAGAGAUGCAGAUGGAAAAGAUUUUAACAGAGGGAACCAAGUUGACAAUUGCUCCAGCAUCAAGCAUUGCUGCUGAAAAUGUGUCCAUCUCUCCUGGGCAGGCAGUACUGACUGUGACAACAGCAACGGUAGCAGGAAAAGCAGGACAGAAAGUUACUAUUCCACUGCAUGGUAUCGCAAACGAGCUGGGUGGGAUCACACUGAUACCCAUCUCAAUGAAUCUAGGUCAGGCACCUAAAAUAGAGGCUCAGGAUCCCUGCCACCCUCAGGUGAAUCAGGAUCAAGAAGUGCAUCUCUCAUCAGGAAACAGACCAAAGAGAACAGGAUCCUUGGCGCUGUUCUACAGGAAGGUUUACCACCUGGCCAGCGUGCGCCUGCGUGACCUGUGUUUGAAGUUAGAUGUGUCCAAUGACUUGCGCAGGAAGAUCUGGACGUGCUUUGAAUUCACGUUGGUUCACUGUGCUGAUCUAAUGAAGGACAGGCAUUUGGACCAGCUUCUCCUCUGUGCCUUUUAUAUCAUGGCAAAGGUCACCAAAGAGGAAAGAACUUUUCAGGAUAUAAUGAAAAGUUACAGGAAUCAGCCACAAGCAAACAGCCACGUUUAUAGGAGCGUUUUGUUAAGGAACACUUCUGCCAGUGUCCCUGUGGAGAGAAAUGCGAACCAAGACGUACAGAUGGCAGAAGACUCAUCUGUGAAGAGUGGAAAUUCCUUGGGAAGAUCGGCAGAGGAGAACUGCACUGAGCUGGGAACAGAGGAGAGAGGAGAUCUCAUUAAAUUUUACAAUGCGGUUUAUGUAGGAAGAGUAAAAUCUUUUGCACUGAAGUACGAUGUCACAAACCAGGAUCAUGUAGUAAGUAAAAUAUACUGGAGCUUUGCUUUAAAAAUCAGACGCUGGUUUAUUCUGUGUCAGGUUUUUGUUUUGUAUUUACCUGGCAUGGUUACAGAAGUCACAAAGUGAUGCUUCUUGUAAUGUUUGCAGCCCUUCAGGAGCUGUGCAGCUCAGUUACAAUGGAGAUAACAGCCUUAGAAGGAUGCUGAGGGGCACUGCUGUGAGUCAGGCAGAGUGUUUUUGUGGUUUAACACUUGAG